ACCAUGUCCUCCUCCAUCAAAAUCGAAUCUGUUGUGAAGGAGAAGAACAGGAUGGGAGAGUGUCCGGUCUGGGAAGAAAGGGAGAGCGCACUCAUCUAUGUAGACAUUAACUCACAGAAAGUUUGCCGCUGGAGCCCACUCACCAACGAGGUGCAGAGCGUGUCCGUGGAUGCCCGUGUUGGCUCGGUGGCACUGCGGCAAUGCGGGGGCUACGUCAUCGCCCUGGGGACCAGGUUUGCCUUUCUGGACUGGAACACCAAGGUGGUCACCACCAUCCUUGAGCUCGAGCAGGAUAAACCCAACAACAGAUUCAAUGAUGGGAAAGUGGAUCCAGAAGGGAGGUUUUUUGCUGGUACAAUGGCUGAAGAGACAGCACCAGGGGUCCGAGCGAGGCGGCAAGGAGCUCUCUAUACACUUUUCCCCAACCACUCAGUAAUAAAACAGUUAGACCAGGUGGACAUCUCCAAUGGUCUGGACUGGUCCCUGGACCACAGGACAUUCUUUCACAUCGACAGCCUCGCAUACGCUGUGCAUGCCUUCAGCUAUGAUGUGCACACUGGGAAGAUCGCCUGCCCCAAACUUUUGUACCAUCUAGAAAAGGAGGAGCAAAUGCCCGAUGGGAUGUGCGUAGAUGCAGAAGGGAAGCUCUGGGUGGCCUGCAUUGAUGGUGGGAGAGUCAUUCGUAUAGACCCAGAGACAGGAAAAAGAAUCCAAACUGUGAGGCUGCCUACUCCAAGGAUCACCUCUUGCUGCUUUGGUGGAAAAGACUACUCAGAAAUGUAUGUGACUUCUGCAUAUGACGGACUGGACAAGACCACCUUAGCUAAGGAACCUCACGCAGGAGAGAUUUUCAAGAUAACAGGCCUGGGUGUGAAAGGGAUCCCACAGAAUUUCUAUGCCGCUUGAACACCGAUGCUAAAUAACAAAGAAGAAAUGCUUUCGUCUUGUAGUAACUCUGACAAGGAGAAGUCCAAUGAUCUGCAGAAUUUAUCUGUAUGAGGAUUUCUAAAUCCACAUUUGAGAGCAUUCUUGUUUAGAAUUGAAGAUAUUCCUUCUUUUGUGGGCCCAUGGCUUGAUGAAAUAGGUUAGAGAGGUAAAGUUAACUGAUGUUACACCUUGAUAGCUUUUGUGACUUCCCAUAAACCUCUUCAAGCUCGAGCUUAGUUUUGUUGAACGUUCUGAUGACAAGCUCUGGAUUUUCAAGACUCUGUGGUUCCUGUACCAGAAUCUGAUUCGUGGUUUGUCUUUUCAUGUUACAGUGAUGUACCAGCAAUGA